ACCUUCCUGCUGUGCAAUUCCUUCAGGAAGGAUGAUUGCCAUUGACAUUGACCGGUGUGAGCUUACAUGUCAGUGUAUUUCCGCUUAUACGCCUCCGGAUGAACGCCCACAUCGGUCUCUCCUCCCGUCCCCUGCAGCAAUGAACCAAUCAAGCAAUCGACAAAAAAGUGAGCGCAGCGCAUAAAACGGUCGGUCCACUGGCGCUAUCUUGUUGAAUGUGGACGUAUAGCGACCGGAUGGGCGAGGUGGUGUCCUCUUCCACCUCCCACCAGUCGUGUGUGGCCCGCAGCAGCAGGGUGGACGAGGUGGCCACGGGCGUGACGGCCAUGCCGAUGCUGGCAGCAUAGUGGCCCUCGGUCGAUGCACCACUCUGAUCGACCAACCAGACAGGCAGAUUGUGAACAGACAGGGAGGGCAGAUGGACAUAUGGAUCCACGGCGGCUCCCUAACCCGUUUGCUGCAUGAUACAGAGAGUGUGUCGUUGGAGCAGUGUUGGCACGGCAGAUACUCCAGCUGACUCAACACGACCGGGGCAGCAUCCACAGGCGCCUGAAACCUGACAUAAACCAACCAAGCAGCCACCAUCCACGGCCAUUCAGACACACAUGGCAUCCACCAACCUGAUGGCGUGCCCCGUCCACUCCAUGAUGUUGACCCCCGCGAUGGACUGGGAGUGCGGCGGCCAAGACGUCGAUGCCCUGGAUGGGCGAAGCGGCGCCUCCAUGCACCUCUUGAUGUGACCGAGAUAUCACACGCGCCUGGGCGCACAUUCAGACAAAACAGACGUCUGAAGCAGUGACGUGUGUGCUCCUUGUCACUCACCGAUUGGCCGAGGGCCUUCUGUGCAACCAGCGAUAUCCACCACAUCACCAGGAUUUCGGCUUGACGACUCAUCGCUCCUCUAAAACGGCACUCGCUCGUUCCCCCAUUGGCUCAGGCAGAUCCAUCAAUGCUCUCGGCGCCCCUCCUCGAUGCUCGCAGAAUGCACGCCGCGGCACACCAUGGUCAGGUGAGACCUGUCACGGAUCUCUCGGGCAAAACGUCACUCGGGCAAACACCGCAGUUUGUAGCUUCUCAUGAUUACAUCUCCGUGUGACCAGCACGACCGUACCCCUCUUGCAGCAGGCUGGCGGCAGGAGGGGCACAGGCGCUCUGCCGGGCAGCAGGAGGGAGAGAUCUCCC